GUGAGUCUUUCAUUAGAACUCCAUAUCCCAGGAACACCCGCAGGAGAUCAACAAUCCCUUUUGCGAGAAAACGCAAUUUUAUAAAAUCAAUGUCUUCCCCAAUUGGAGCAAAUGAUGAUGAAGAUGAGGUGGAGUUUGUGUCAGAGGCUCCACUCAGACCUGUACUGGAAUGUAUUGAUUUACUGAGUGAUGGGGAAGACGAUGGAAGUUUACCCACAGCCGAGACCAUUGAAGAUGAGAUUGACCGACAGAAAGCUCAGGUCACCUCCACUUUGGACAGAUUAGCUCGCCAAGUGGCUGUGGCGAAUAAGGAAAGAGUAGAGAAGUGUAAAGCCUUCAAGGAGAAGCAAAUCUCACAAAAGGCUCAUGGACGGCAGGAGCUGGCAUUUAGUCCCAAUGGUAACGCAUACGACGCCAAGCACUGUGUGGAUAUGUGGUUAAAGAUGCCAGGUGUGAAACCUGGGGUCAUCAAUAGUGGAGCUAGCUGGAGACGCAGACAGGUCCCGUUUCCCACCAGUAGCUCAUCCACACAUACCUGUCCAGUGAUCAACUGUGGUCGGGUUUAUGACAACGUACCUCUCCUAGAAGGUCACUUGAAAAGGUUUGACCACUCUCCUUGUGACCCGACCAUCUACCUGAAAGGAAGCUCAACCGAGCUGUUUGCUUGCGUUGCUUGUGGUCUUAAUUUUGAAACCAAAGAAGCUUGGAAGGUGCAUCAGCAGUCAAAGCUGUCCUUCCCUGAUGAAGACCAUGACCACACUCAGACCUGCCAGCUGAUCGUGUGCUUCGCCUGCCCUGCCUGCUAUCUCCUCUUUUACAUCAGGGACGAGUGCCUCCAGCAUAUGUCGGCCAAAAACCACUUCUCUCAGUCCAUCGUCAUGAGUGAAACUAAAGGGACAGCAUUGCCAGUUCCUUUCCCACGAUAUGCAAAGAAUCGUCUCAUUGCUUUGUGUAAGGAAGUUUCAUUCAGCGUGAGAUGUACGACAUGCCAGAAGGGGCUUAAUUCACACAUGGAAGCACAGGCCCACUUCAAUGUGCAGUGCAGACAGGGUGCUGCCAAGGCUGAGGCAGAGAAAACAGUGGUGCAGGUCAUGAAACAACUACAAGUGCUGGGCCAGUGCGCCGUGUGUUGCAAACUGUUCCUCAACCAAGGUGAUGUUGAGAGGCAUAAAAAAUUGAGUCAGCACAAUACUGAGGUCAGCUGCACCAUGGAAAAGGCAAUUCUGCUCUACAGCAAUUUCUAUGAAAUCCAACAUGCCAAGAGGGCUGCAGCAACUUCACGGCCCAAACAGUCAAAAGGUCCUGUAACCCCCUCUCAGAAGAGGGACAAGGAGAGAGGUGAUUCUGUUGGAUCCCCAGCCAAGCGCCAGAGAUGCGGGGGAGCUUUGAAUGGCAGCGCUGGGCCCUCAAGGAGUUGCUUGAUAGUGGCAUGGUUUUGUGAGUGUGGCCAGCGCUUUUCAGAGGAGGCCACGGCCAGCAAGCACCUUUUUGCUGCCAAUCAGAUCUUCCAUCAAUGUGGCGUGUGUGGAAAGCAUAUGGGCGAGUCGUCCAUCACUCGCCUGCACAUGAGCCGUUUUCACGGCGGUGCCCACCUCUCAAACUUCCUCUUUCACUGCCGGCUGUGCAAGGUUGACAUGCCGCGUCACGAGGACAUCCUGUUGCAUGUGUCAGAGGCCCACAGUGGACACACUUACUUCAGGGAGAGAGCGGUAUCGGACGAGGAGUCUGCUCCCAUUCCCUAUGCCAAACCCUCCACCAGUGGCAGACCCAGCGCCCUCACUGAUAUCAGGACUAGAACUACAACUCCCACCCCUCCUCCCAAACAGGAUGAGAGGUGGAUUUGCAGGAUGUGUGAAGACAUCUUUAACUCGGAGCGAGAUGUGCACAAGCACUGCAGAGAUGUGAGCAACCACAGUUUCCAGAGAUUUUCCUGUGGCCACUGCCCACAGAAGUACUUCAAGGAGGCCACAGUACGCAGGCACUGUGUGAACGAGCACAACAACCAAAUAGUGACGCGGUACUUCUGCGGGCUCUGUGACAGCAUGGAGUACGACACUGAGGGGGAGUUCCAAGAACACUAUAGGGGCCUUCACAGUAAGGACUACUACCGCAUGGAUGAGCCUGAGGUUGAUAGACCCAUUGAGGCCGAAAACUCCAAAUCCAGUCCAUUGGCAACAGCCAGUGACGGGCAUGAAUGUCUGUGUCCAUGCAUGUCAUCAGAAAAGGACAAAGAUGAAAGGAAGGCUACCUUCACACGAUGCAUGAAGCGGCUAUCCAGUAAAGACGAAUGCAGCUACGUGUGUGUACCAUGCAACGUUCAGGUGUCCUCAUUUGCCCAGAUAAAGACUCAUGUCCACACUCAACACAAAGCCUUGGGGCUAGAGAAUACCUUUAACGUGGUGUGUGGAUCCUGUCAGGAGAGUCAUAAGGACGUUCCCAGUUUCCAUAACCACUACCACUCCCAGCACUGCCCUCUGGAGCCAUGCUCGAGCUCCAGGGAUGGAGGUGAGAGUCGUAUGGGGAAGGCAGCAGCUUCCUCCGCUGUCAAGACACUGGUUGCUAUGGAGAUCAAACCAGAAGUGAAUGAGAAGUUUGAAGAUGUGAAACAUGCCAUUGCUAUGAACUUGGAUGAGGUCAGAGAUGACACUGAGGCUCAUGGAGGUGAAUCUGAUGAGGAGAUGAAGCGUGCCUUGGCUUUAAGUGUGGAAGAAGCAAGAGAGCCAACUGACUUUGAUAUUGCAUUACAUGCUUGAAGAAUAACCUCGGUAGAUGGAGGAAGCGCUCAAAAGAAGCCUUUUGGAAUACUGAUCAGCGAAUGUUAUUUUCUGGGAACCUGUCAUUCAUUUGGUUUAUGGCAUUUUAUGUUUUAUGUGUAACAUAUCAGCUACUUUCAACAACACUUCAAGACAGGGUUGGACCGAUGUGAUUACACAGUAAUAAUUGUAGUAACAACAUUAUUUGUGAACUAUAAAGAUUGAGGCAUACCAUGUAUAUGCAUCUUUAUCACAUGUUCAGAGCUUUUUAUUUAAUAAAGAUGUUAAUUAUUUUCUCUUUC